GCUUGCGUGUAUUACAGCGCGAGACUUCACAUUCACAAGAACUGAGAUCGAAGUGGUAACAAAUAAGUACACACAUUAUUUGUUUGUUUUCUUCUUCUAAACGAAGUCGAUUUGUUGAAGAGGAAAAAGAAACCAGCAAGUAAUAGCGUAUCGCCCUAAUGGACCUCGCGGGCAGUCGACGCGGCGUCGCCGACCGCGGCGAGCGGCAGGGCAUGAAGCUGCACGCCGUUAUCAUCGGUGAACCUUUGCUGCCCAUGCGCAUGCAUGGCGGCCAUCUCGUGGCCGUUGGCCCGCUGAGCCCGCUGAGCCCGUCACCGCGGCUCCCGGCGGCGCUGCUGCCCGUGUGCAACACCUCCGUCAUCGACUACGUGCUGGAGAAUUUGGUGGUGAACGGGGUAGAGGAGGCGACGGUGUUGCUCAACGCGUCGUCCGCAGUAGCGACCAUAGCACAUCUAUCGACGUGCCGGACGGCGCGCGGCAAGCCGUGGACGCAGAGCGACUCGAUUCGGGUGAACGUGGUGGAGUGCGCGCGCCGCAUCGCUAGCCUGGCCGACGCCGCGCAGGAAAUGCGCGAGCGCAACGUGGUGGAGCAGCAGGGUUCCUUCCUCUUCGUCCCGAUCGACAGCAUCGCCUCCUUCGCGAACCUGCGGGUGUGCUUUCAGACGCACCUCGAACGCGUUCGCAAGGUGGGCAAGUACGCCGCGACGCUGCUGUGCGUGUCCUCCCGCGCCUCGCUCGUCGCGGCGCAGCAUAACUCUCUCGUGAAUCACCUUGGCGAGGCGGAGGAGGCGGCGGCGCAGCAGAUCAUAUCCCCGACAAACCUGCGGCACGGGCUGCUUAGCAUCCAGCAAACGUCCGACAUGCUCCGCCUGCGCAGCUACGCGGCUCCGUACGCGCCGAAGGAGCACCACACCAUGUUCGUCGUGAACAAGGCGACGCAGGUGGUGACGUACAUGGCGCGGUUCGAGAACGGCGAGGACGCGCCGGAGCCGCCGACGGUGGUCUUUAACGGCUCUGCACAGCAGUCGGUGCGCAUGGACUUGACACCGACAGGGUUUCUCUUCUGCUGCAGCGAGGCCUUGUCGCUGAUUGAGUUCCACAUUCGCGACCUCUACAGCUUCCUCAAUCUCUCUCUUCUCGGCCAGGCGGAGAUCUUCGGCAACGUCUUCGGCAUCAUCGAGCUCCCGUCCACGACGGCCGUGGUGGAGUCGAUGAACGGCGUCGAGGCGUACAUCCAGGCCAACUUAGACGUGUGCGCCCGUCGCCUCUUUCCCAUGACGCGCGAGAGCUGCUUUGCCGAGGCGGUCGCCAAGUACGCCGUCGCCUCCCUCUGCGAGACCGUCUACCUACACACCACGGCGAAGUGCGCCAGCAGCAACGUGGGACCCAACGUCGUCGUCGGCGAGCAGGUGAACGUGCCGGCGACGGUGGAGCUGGUGGGCACGGUGCUGGGCGCCGGUGUCGAGCUAGGCGAGGGGGCUAUCCUCCGCAGCAGUGUAAUUAUGGACGGCGUCCGCAUUGGCGCGGGGUGCUCCCUGGAGGGCUGCCUCGUCGGCCCGCACGCGAUCAUCCGCGAUGGGGCGGAGCUCUCCUACGCCGUGAUCGGCGAGCGCUGCAUUAUCGACGGCGUGACGUCGGGCGGCGCCUCGCUGGUGUUGUCACACGUGGCCAUCGAGUGCGAUGUGGCGGAGGCGAUGAAGGAGGAUGCCGAGCAUGAAAGCGUCGCCCGCAAUGGCGGCGCAUCCUCCGCCGCUCCUUCCUCCUCUGCGGGUGCUGCUUCUUCGUCGUCGAGCGACGUGGACGGUGGCGAUGCUCGCGGGACGGACGUGCUGCUCGUCGGCCAGAACGGCCGCGGCCACGCCGUGGAGGAGCGAUACAGCAGCAGCAUCAUUCCCACCACGGCCCUCUUCACGGAGGACCCGGUGGCGCGCGCGGUGCAACAAGACGAGGAGGACGACUUCUCCGAAGAGGAUGACGAGCGUGGCUUGUUCCGCCGCAGCAUUCAACGCCACGUCGAGACCGCCCUCCUGCACCCCGGCCGCAUUGAGGCGAGCAGCUACGACAUGUCUACGGUCUGCCUGACCAGCGGUUUCGGUUACCCCGAGAUGUGCGAGAUCGUGACGGAGCUGCUGAUGGAGCACCUUCUUGCGGAGCGGAAGGACGAGUCUGGUGCGGUCAUCGUGGCCUCGCCGGCAGACCUGGUGGACGCCGCACACGAGUUGUUCCAAAUGUGGUGUCGUCCCUUCUACAACAACUUCCUCUCUCGCAACAACCAGCAGAACGUGGAGGCCAUGGUGGCCACGCUGGAGGGCCUCUGCGGCUCCAUCGGCAGCGAAACCUGCCCUUUGCAUUCCUACGGCCCGCAGCUGGUGGAGAUGCUUUACUACGGCUGCGAUGACACCCUCUACGACGAGCGCGGCUACUGCAUCGUCAGUGAGGAAGGCCUCUUCGCCUUUGACGUGCAGAUGGAGCACCGCCGUGAGGUGCUGCAGCGCUACACCACCUUCAAGGGCAAGAAGCACGACAGCAGCUCCAGCUCCAGCUCGAGCACGUCGUCAGAUAGCGACGACAGCGGUGACAGCGAUGACGACGAGUCCCGCGAUUUGUACGAGGAAGGCAAGGUGUUGGUGGCCGUCAGCUGCCACGAUUUUAUCGAGGGAGUGCGGGCGUUCAUCCAGGGCCAGGACGGUGGUUGA